ACUAUUUGGGAGAUGAUGGAGCAUACUACAAGGAUAUGGACCGGGUAUUGGCUUUUCAAAAAGGAUUGAGCACGUGGGCUCAGUGGGCCGACCGGAAUAUUAACAGCACUAGAACCACAAUCUUCUUCCAAUCACUUUCUCCAACGCAUUACAAUCCAAUAGAGUGGAAGAACUCAAUGUCUAGAAACUGCUAUGGGGAAACAGAGCCGAUGAGCGGGUUCAACUACACCAGCAACAACUUAGCAGAGGGGAGAAUGAUACAGGUGAUUCGUGGUGUGCUGAAUUCAAUGCGGACACCCGCAUACUUCUCCGACAUUACGCGGCUGUCUGAGCUGCGAAAGGACGCCCACCCAUCCAUUUAUAGCGGUGACCUCACCCCGCAGCAGCGAGCCAAUCCCGACCAUUCGUCCGACUGUAGCCAUUGGUGCCUUCCUGGUCUCCCUGAUACAUGGAACCAACUCUUCUAUGCGACCCUCUUCUUUUAAGCUUUUACCUUUUUUUUUUUCUUCUUCUCAAUUGUUUAACAUAGUU